AUGCCUCCUCUUUUCUCUCUUUUAAUGGAAAUGAUCCAGGACUGCGGUUUUGUGGAAUUUCCCUAUCUGGGAAAUUAUUUGUCUUGGCGAGGUUGGCGAGAUAAGAAACCUAUUCGGUGUCGCCUGGAUAGGGCUUUGGGCAAUGCGGAUUGGCAUGAUCUUUUUCCAGAUACGGUUACAGAAUAUAUGCCGAUGAUAGCCUCGGAUCAUGCGCCUUUGGUUGCUACUUUGGGUGCCAAACAACCAAGGGGUCGUAGGGGUUUCAUGUUUGACCGCCGAUGGGUGGGAAAGGAGGGUUUAAUGGAUGCAAUCUCGGCCGGUUGGCUGCGGGAGCAGAAUAGGGGCUCCACUAGUUUUGCUGACAAGAUUGUGAACUGUCGCCGAGAGAUUUCACGAUGGAGGAAACAGCAGGCUCCCUACGGGAGGGAUUUGAUUAAGGAUCUUAAGAGACAGUUAGAGGUAGCGCAGGCUAAUGAUACCACGGGUCCGGAGGUCAUUUCUGAUCUCAAUUCCCGGUUGCGUGAGGCCUGUAAGGAUGAGGAGAUUCAUUAG